AUGUCAUCGAAUAACAUUUUUUCAUCACCAAUUAUGUUUAUAACAUUUUUUAUCAUUUUUUCAUUUAUUAAUAAUUUAACAAAUGCUCAAAUAUGCACGUCAGAUGUAUGCAAUAAGCAUGGUACUUGUAUACCGAAUAUAUCUAGUUCAUUUACUUGUCAAUGUGAUCCGGGUUUUGCCGGUCCAACUUGUAAUCAAGAAUUAGAUGAAUGUGCAUCGCAACCAUGCGCAAAUAAUGGUACUUGUACAGACUUAGAAAAUGGUUUUCUUUGCCAUUGUCUACCUGAAUGGAAUGGUACUUUAUGUACAGAAUCAAAGAACCCAUGUCAAUCAUCACCAUGUGGUUCACUUGGUAAAUGUAUUCCAACGAAUCAACCACAAAUACCCUAUUACUGUCAAUGUCCAGAUGGACAAAAUACGAUGUUUAAAUGUGCUGAUCCAAAUCCUUGUCUACCAAAUCCAUGUGGUCUUGGAAAAUGUGAAAUUACUCCAGAUAUACUCAAUGGUUACAUUUGUCGAUGUCAUGAUGGUUCAAUUCAAUUAACAAAUUGUUCUACACCAAAAAAUCCUUGUGCAGCAUUACCUUGUGGACCACAGGGACGCUGUAUAACUCUUUCAGCAGCUCCAAAAGGAUACAUGUGUAUGUGUCAAAGUGAGGGUAUUACUUUUACAACUAUUGAUACAUGUCCAACAACAAAUUCAAUUUGCACUCAUCUAACAUGUAGAAAUGGUGGAACUUGUGUGCCAUAUUCUGCUAAUGAACCAUCAUGUAAUGUUGGACAAGUUGGUUCUAUUUGCUGUCAAUGUCCUCCUAAUUAUACCGGCCUGCGAUGUGAACGAGAACUUGAUUAUUGUACAUCAAAUCCUUGUAAAGCAAAUGGACGUUGUCUUUCAGGUAAAUCUGGAUAUCGAUGUCAAUGUUAUGAAGGAUUUACAGGCGAAAACUGUGAAGCUCGAAUAUUGAGCUCAGGUUGUUUAUCAAAUCCCUGUACAGUUGGUAUUUGUUAUCAAUUGAAUCAAAAUGGACCUACGUAUGUUUGUAUCUGUCCAGAUGGAACACUUAGUUUAUCAUGCAAUUCAACAAAAAAAACAUUAGAUUCAACUCGAAAUCCAUAUGCAAUUCCGACUAUACCACCACAACCAACAACUUCCAUACCUACAAUGAUGUUUGCUAAUAAUGGAAAAUAUGGUGGUGGUGGUGAAGGAAAUAGAAAUAUUCUUCGACCUGCUUCAACAUGUACUCCAUCAUCAAAAGAUGCAUGUAAUGGUGGACAAUGUGUAUUAGGUACUGAAGGAAUAUAUAUGUGUCGAUGUCGUGAAGGUUAUACAGGAAUUUAUUGUGAAAGCAAUAUAAAUGAAUGUGCAUCAAAUCCUUGUUUGGGUGGUGGUACAUGUUAUGAUCUUGUUAAUGCGUAUGCAUGUUUUUGUCCUGAUCGAAUUUUUCGACCACAAUGUAAUACAACUGGUAUAUCACCAACGAUUCAAAGUAAUCCAGUUCUCAUGGUUACUAGCAAUCCUAAAACAAAUUAUAAUAAUAAUAAUGAUGACAAAUCAUUAUUGAGUGAAUGUAAUUGCCGUAAUGGUGGUUUAUGUUUUACAAGUCCAACUGGUAGAAAACUUUGUCAAUGUCCUAAUGGAUUCAGUGGAUCAUUCUGUGAACGAUCACUUAAUACUGGUAUAAAUCCUGGUCAAUUAGCUUGUAGUCAAGCAUUAUGUCAAAAUGGUGGUACUUGUCAAGAACAAGGAUUAAGUGCUAUUUGCAAUUGUAAACCGGGAUAUACAGGUCAACGAUGCGAAUCUGAAUAUUUUCGUUGUCAAGCAAAUGGUCGUUUUGCUGAUGCAUCAAGUUGUAAACAAGGUCGAUAUUUUGAAUGUGUUUAUUUCGGACAAUAUGAUUUGGGUCUACCAAAUGGAGUUCUCUAUAGUCGUAGUUGUCCACCUGGUCUUUGGUUUAAUGCAUUGAAUGAUCGAUGUGAUUAUCCAAGUGUUGUUCGAUGUUAA